AUUCGUCUACUUUCUUCUAAUAGAAGAUUUAACUAUUAGAAGCUGAAGCUCACUGCUUGUAGGUCUGACAUCUCACAGAAAUUAUCUGACCGUUUUAACUGAACCAUCAUCGAGAAGAUGACUUGCCAGACUUACAGCUUGCUUGUUCUCUCUAUCAUCACGAUUUAUUUUGGACGUUUUGGAAGCAGCUUAAUCCUUGCUAAUCUGCAAAAUGAUAUAGACAAACUGAAAGCUGAAUUUAACUCAAGUCAUUCAGAUGUAGCUGAUGGUGGACCUAUUUUUACAGAGAAACUGAAAAACUGGACAGAGAGAAAUGAAAAAAGGAUCAUACUGAGCCAGAUUGUUUCCAUGUACCUGGAAAUGCUUGAAAACACUGACAAGUCAAAGGGGCAUGUCAGACACAUAUCUGAGGAGCUCUUCACUUUGAAAAACAGCCUUCCUGAUGGCUUAAAGAAGCUGAAGGACAUCAUGGACCUGGCAAAGCUUCAGAUGAGUGAUCUGAAAAUCCAACGCAAAGCUGUGAAUGAGCUGUUCAGCGUCCUACAAACACUAGUGGAGACCCCAACUUCUUUCAAAAGAAAAAGGAGCCAGUCUCAGAGGAGAUGCAAGUGUUAAUAACAUCAUAUAGCCUUUUAUACUGAGCUAUUGU